AAAAAAUAUAAAAACCGCGGUGGAAAAUGUCGUGAAGCGGUCGGCGGGGCCUGCGGGAGUGAGAGCGACCGGGCUCGCCUCCCCGCGGUUAUAUGCCCUUCCCGCCGGCGGCCGCCGGCCCUUCCUGCUCCAUGUGGGGUCCGGGCCGGGCUCUCGGCUUCUCCUUCUCCUCCUCUUCCUUCUCCUUCUUCUACUAUGGCCCGGAAAACAGUUAGCAGGAAGCGGAAAGCGGCGGCGGCUGCUGCCGCGGGGCCCGGGGGGCUCCACGGGGAGCAGUAUGAGUGGGAUCACCCUGUCCCCAAAAGGAAAAGGCUCCCCCCAGUUAAGAGGUCUCUGGUGUACUACCUGAAAGGCAGGGAGGUCAAAUUGCAGAACGAGUCCAGCUAUCGCCGCUUGUUGCACGGAUAUGCAGCACAGCAGCUUCCCAGCCUCCUGAAGGAGAAAGAAUUCCACCUCGGAACCCUUAAUAAAGUGUUUGCCUCCCAGUGGCUGAACCACCGACAGGUGGUGUGUGGAACAAAAUGCAACACAUUAUUUGUAGUAGAUGUCCAGACUGGUCAAAUUACUAAGAUUCCUAUUUUGAAGGAUCGUGAGCCUGGCAUGGUGAACCAGCAGGGAUGUGGUAUUCAUGCCAUUGAGCUCAACCCCUCGAGGACCCUUCUGGCCACAGGUGGAGACAACCCCAACAGUCUUGCAAUAUAUCGUCUGCCUACACUGGAUCCUGUCUGUGUGGGAGAUGAUGGACAUAAGGACUGGAUCUUUUCAAUUGCUUGGAUCAGUGAUACUAUGGCUGUUUCUGGUUCUCGGGAUGGUUCAAUGGGUCUCUGGGAAAUCACAGAGGAUGUGUUGUCCAAAAGUGAUGCCAGGCACAACCCCUCUCAAGUUCCUGUCUAUGCCCACAUAACACACAGGGCUCUGAAAGACAUCCCCAAGGAGAACACUAAUCCUGAUAACUGCAAAGUCCGAGCACUGGCUUUCAACAAUAAGAACAAGGAGCUGGGAGCUGUGUCCCUAGAUGGCUAUUUUCAUCUUUGGAAAGCAGAACACACACUAUCAAAGUUACUUUCCACAAAGUUGCCAUACUGCAGGGAGAAUGUGUGUUUGGCUUAUGGUCAGGAGUGGUCAGUGUAUGCAGUAGGAUCCCAGGCACACGUCUCCUUUCUGGAUCCCAGGCAGCCUUCUCACAAUGUGAAAUCCGUCUGUUCCAAGGAACGAGGCAGUGGUAUUCGGUCGGUGAGCUUCUACGAGCACAUCAUCACUGUGGGGACAGGGCAAGGUUCCUUGCUGUUCUAUGAUAUCAGAGCCCAGAGGUUCCUGGAGGAGAAGCCCCCACGUGCCUGCUAUGGUCAGAAGCAGAAGUUAGGAGGAGGUGAAAUUUUGAAACUGACUACUGGCAAAGGCUGGCUGAAUCAUGAUGAGACCUGGAGGAAUUAUUUUUCUGACAUAAAUUUCUUCCCAAAUGCUGUUUACACCCACUGCUACGACUCGUCUGGAACGAAACUCUUUGUGGCAGGAGGCCCCCUUCCAUCAGGACUUCAUGGGAAUUAUGCUGGUCUCUGGAGCUAAUGAUAACUCUUUAUAAAUGCUGGUCUUUACACAGAUUUCCACUUUUCCUUUUUUUUUUUUUAACAACAAAAUUGUGUGAUGCCAUUGAUUUCUGAUUUAAAUGCAAGUUAUUUUUCAGCUGUUUUCUGUUGGUCUUCAACAGUUUUGUACAUCUUUUUGAACCAGUUUUUUGCUUUAACCUCCUUGAUCCUUUGUAUGAAGGGUUUUUAAAAUCCCUUUUUGUUGUAUUUACUCCAAAUGACUCUUCCCACACAUUUAGGCUAUUUUGGCCAUGUGCACCCUCCCCUACUUUGCUGUGAGGUAGGAUUCCUUUCUUAUAGAGUGGUUGCUCUUGGGCUUUCUGUGAAAGUCUCGGGGCUGCGUGUGUGCAGGUACUUUGUGUCAGUUACAUUACCUGGAGCGAGGACUACUUGUAAUUAAAGAAUAUUAAAAAUAUUUAUAAGAGAUAAGCUACUUCUUUAUCUGCAGAGCCUGGCCCUGGCCACGGCUGAUCUUAUUUUUUAAAAGUACAAGUCUAGUGACACUGUUUAUACAUAGAGGAAUAUGGUAAUUUUAAGCUGUGCUCAGUGAAGCACAGAGGUGGAUUCCCCAGGCUAUUGCCCAUCAAGCCCAAACUGUAGAAAUGCAGGAAUUCUCAAGCAUGCAUUUGUAUUUGAAAUAGUUUACAGCAGUGCCAGGAGCAAAAGAUUAUAUUCUUCCUCCUCUGCCUGUCCCAGGUAACAGCUUGCACAACUGGAGAUUGUCUAGGCUGUCCUACAGUGUGGCUGUUGCUGGGUGUCUUUUCAUAGAGGGCCUGGAGAGAUGCUCAGAGGAAAUGGGGGCUAGGGACAUGAAUGUUCUUGUUACUCAAAAUUAACUAAAUCUAUUAAUUUUCCACGUGAGCCAAGGUUCCUAAGGAUGCUGCAGCAAUAGCCCAUGGGUUCUUCAUAAACUGACUGAAAUCCAGGGCCUUUUUUGUUCUAGGUUGUGGAAACUUUCCCUAUUUUGGCUGUUUUGGUUUGCUAUCUUCUUUAACAAGCCAGUGGAAUAAAUAAACUUUUUUUUUUUUCAAAGAAGGCAUCUCAGACUUGUCUAACAUGAGCUUGAAUCUUUCCACAUAGCAAGAUAACUUGCUCAUGUGCUAGCAUCUGCUGUCAUCCUGCUUGCUACAGGAGAGGCUCAGUCUUUCCCCACAUCCCCUGCAUUUCCCCAAACUCCCUCAAACACCACAUGGGAAGGGAGUGGAGAGGGAGAAUAAGUCUGAUGCUCUUCAGGUCCAGCUGUGAAGGGUGCACUUUCCAGGGUGAUUGUCUUAGAUAAGGUAAAAUGCAGGACUCCAGAGUGUUCCUCAUGGCCUCUUGGCAGGCAUCAAACUCUCACCUUGUUGCUGACACCUCUGUGCUCUGCUGGCAUCAAUGCUUUUCCCCUGCCCAUGUCACUGAUGGAGCAGGGUGUGCCUGUAGCUCACUGCUUUGGUGCCAAAUGGGCAGUGGGUUGAAGCUGAGAUGAAAGACAAGGUUGGGAUCUGUUCCUGUACCUGCUGGAGGUCACAGCCACCACUGCACAGUAGCUCUGGUCCCUGAUGUCUGCCGGUGAUCUCCAUCAGCAGUGCCAAGCAGUGAGCCUCAGGCUUAAUUUCUGGUGGGUAGUGGAGACUUGGAUGGAAAUCCUGCAAGGAAUGCAGUUUCCUUCCAUCCAGGUGGGAAUGCUGUAAAGAGAAGAGCUCCCAGUUGUGCAUCUGUACAGGAGCAUAAUUCACUCACUCCAGCUCUGACACGGGUGCUUUCACACACACAUCUCGUGGCAUUUCAUGAUUCUACAUCCCUUGUGAGCUGGUUGCUUCAACUUAAAUCAGUUUGCAGUGCCAUGUGUGUGGCUUUUCAAGCUUUUCUCUGAAAAGGGGCAAACCAUAUAUCAUGGGGGAGCAAAGAAGCACUCAAGUUUUCUUUAGAGUUUUUAAUUUUUUUUAAAAAAGAUCUCAGUGUUUCCUGUGUUGCUCUGUGACAGCAAUAUACCACCGUUCUGUUUAUUUGAGGUAUUUUGAAAAGCAUACAGAGAAAAACAAGUCCUGGUGACAAUAUGCAGGAUUCCUCCUCCAGCUACUGCAUAAAGUCACACUGUCACAGGGCACAUGCUCAGUUAGGUUCUUUUGUCUGGGUUUGGUUUGAAGUGCAGCUUUUUUUUUUUGCUUUUUUUUUUUCCUGAGCGUCCUUUAAUCCUGCUGAAACAACAAUUAGUAGUUAGGCAUUUCAUGUCAUCGGUGUCAAAGGAAAACUCUUGGUUAGGAAAUUCUAGCUCUGAUGUUGAUCUGUUAAUUGAAGCAUAUUUCAGGUCUGGAUGAGGGUGCAAAAAGGGUAUUUGUAUGGACUGAGCUUCAGCCUCCAAGCAUGGAGGCUGAGCUUUCUGCACUAUCAGCAGAAUCUCUAGGUUUCUGAAGAGGUGACCUUGGCACUCCUGAAAGUGUCCCUCUUUCCCUCUUUGCUGACUCAGAUCUCCCCAAGUAUGGUCCUGUUAGCCUGAGCAUCCUUUUCCUCCCUCUUUUUUUUUUUUUUUUUUUUACAAUUGUUAGAAGAUUCUAGAUGAUGAUAUAAAAUCCCUCAAGUCUUACACGCUUCUGUAUGUUCUGCUUCAGGGUACUGUCUUGUAAAAAUAACUUUUAUGGAGAGGAAGCUAUCCUUUUUGUUGUAUGAAAAUUCCCCCCCCAGAAAUGGAAACAAACUAGGUAGUGCUUCAAGCACACAAAUAAAUUGGGCCAGGGAGAACUUAGUUUUUAGCCUGCUUCAGAGGUUUUAAAUGCUUUCAGUGAUACAGAUUUUUAAAUUUCAGAAUAUUUUGUUGGUGGUCAGAUGUCACUUUCUGUCCAGUCAGAAUUGGAAAUGGAGGCAGAGAAAGGUGAUGAUAUGCCAAGAGUCCAAAUACAAGAGAUAGGAGAAAAAAUGAAGUUUUCUUACUUGGUUUGAUUUUGUUGCCCUGUUAGGUUAUGCAUCAGAAUUGGGUGUAUAUUGCAUGGAGGAUGAUGGUGAGAAAUGCAUGUGUUUCCCAUCAAAGUGCAGGGAUGGCUGUGCAGCAGGUUAUCUCCAGGUUUCACAGGGAGAGAGUUGGGCUCACACUGUUGUUCAAAUGGCUGAUAAACCCUGGGAUGGAUGGAGAUCAGCCUGGUGGCUGUGUUUCAGUAGUUGCUUGAAUGGCACCCUGUGCUCUGCUGAGACCCAGCAGCAUGAACAUUUUUAGACCAUCUUGUGUUUUUCCAAAGUUGCUUAAUUAUUUCCCUCCUUUCCUACCCUCCUGAGCGGACUGUUUGGAGUUGCCUCCUCCACCCCAAAUCAUCCCAGUUUUUAUUGUAGUGAUUUUGUGCUUGCAGAGGUGACUUCCAUCAAGCAGAAAUGGGCUUGCUGGCAUUUUGUCAGGCACUGCUGGAGACUUUCAGUUUGUUUUAUUUUAAACUGGGUAGACCUUUGGGGCUGUCUCAGUCUGUAGUACUGGGCAGUUGCCCUUGUACGAGUUUGAUGGGAUUACAGAGGAAUGUUCUGUUCCUCGGGUGAAACAGGCUGGCUUAUCUCUUGUUAGGCAUUUGAACAAGAGAAAAUAAACUUAAAUUGCAACAGACUUCCCAGACUUUUCCUCCUGCUAUUGACUUUUCAGUCAUGUGGGAUCUUUUGGGCUGUUGCAGAGUGCCUACACUCAUUUUGAUGUUACUGCUCAGCUCUUUGCAGUAGACUUGUUAACUUGGGUAUCUUUGGGUAUUACAUUUUAGUAUUCAUAAUCAUAGGUUAUCUAAAUAGUGACUUAAUUAUGGGUUUGGUAGUAUCCACCUUGUGAGUACUGGGUAGCAACCCCUCAGUUACAGCUGGGUUUUAUGUUUUGGACAUUCCUAAGGAAGCAAAAGCUACUUUGCAGUGUUGACCUGAGGACAGCAAUGAGGGUGAUGCUCACCCUCUUCACCAGACACCUUAGUCCUGAUAAUUCCUCCAGCUUCCUCCCUUGUACAGUCACAUCAGGGAGAAUUGCCAGUGCUUUCCAUGGGUGCUUUCUUGUUCCCUCAUCAGUGCUUCUGGUGUUAGUCCAAGGUAAGUAAAUUACCAAAGAAUAAGUAAUAGCUGUUUGUUCCUACUCUCAGUUGUUCAUUUUCCACAUUGAUCCAUUUUUAAGAUUCAUUGCAGUAGUGCCCAGUGGUCUUUCUAAACUUAAGUCUGUCCACAAACGUUACAUUUGCAUUGUGGGUUACUCUUGGGACUUCCUCAAUGAGAGGAGCUCCUGAACUUCAUUAUGGGGAUAUAUUUGCUGCCUCUAUUUCAAGUCUUUGGCAGCUUUUUGUAGCUUAAGGAUGAAGAUACUUAUGUGUCCAUUACUAGUCUCCAGAAUUUUUUUCCUCUUCCUUCCCCUGAGAACUUGCUUUGUAUGUAGCUUGCAGCUGCAGACUUAACAGAUUAAAGUUAUGAUCCAGCUA